AUGGAGAAAGAAGCGCGUCAACUCGCCAAGAGGCUCCGUAACGAACCAGACGAAGAUGGUUUUGUAACGGUCACACGAGGCGGUCGUGUUGCGCCUGCAAGAAGGGACGAGGCCGAAGAGGCUAAGCAGAAGAUGAUCGAAAGAGAGCAGAAGAAGAAGGAUGAAAUGACAAAUUUCUACAGGUUCCAGAUGCGUGAGAAGAGGAAAGCUGAGCAGACCGAUAUGCUGCAGAGAUUCGAAGAGGAUAAGAGGAAAGUACAAGCUAUGAAAGAGAAACGAGGGAGGUUCAGGCCCGAGACCUAA